UCCGGAGGCGCCUCUGAUCCUGUCGUAUGGUUUUCUACGCGACUGCGGAAAGUCCAUUUACCAUAGCCUCUGCCGUUUCCCUCCUGAAACAUUUGUGCAUGCUGUGUGAUGGCUGCAACGUGAGCAUGGUAACUUUUAUUGUGUGCCCGUCAGCGACACAUGUAUGUCCCGCUGGUAUGUGUUGAGGCCUCGAUGCACCACCUUGGCUCAUCGACUCAUCGUAGGAGUGCCGAGUCGCCGCCGACUGUUGCUUGUGCUUGCGUGCCGCUGACGACGGUCGUCGUGCAUUUUCCUGCGAAUUGCUACAUCUGUGAUCUUCACAUUGUCUGCAACCAUUUUGCCCACUGCAAAUGGAGGGCUCGGAGGGCAGCGACAAAUUCGUGUCCUUGAUUGUGGUAUAACCUGCGUGCCUUGCAGCGGAUCGAUUAAUCGAGCGCGAUUAUGGAGAAACCACCUGUUAACGAGGCACCUAUUCUCCAUGUCGUCGUAGUUGGGUUUCACCACAUCAAGGGGUACCAGCUGGAAUAUGCGUAUCCUCCAAUACUUGGAAAAGAGGAAACAGAGGCUCAGGAGAACCAGGAUCUCCCCGAGCCGUGGAAGCACCUUCCAUCCCUUGCAUUGCCUGAUGGUGCCCAUAAUUAUGAAGAAGACACUGUAUAUUUUCACUUGCCAGCAUUGGACAACCCAAAGCGAACUGUUUUUGGAAUAUCAUGCUAUCGACAGAUCAAUGCAGAGAUGUUACUGCGGCGAGGUUCAGACGUGACACGCAGCUCUGUGCAGAAGAGUGUAUGUGUGCUGAGCCGAUUGCCACUGUACGGAGUUAUACAAGCCAAGUUGCAGCUGGUAACUCAUGCUUACUUUGAAGAGCGAGACUUUAGCCAGGUGGCGCUCCUCAAGGAAACGUACCAAAACUUGAAUGCCCUGCUCUCGUCCGACAUGAUGCAUGGGGGACAGCCCUACCUGGGACUGUCCUCACGUGACCUGAUUUUGCAUUUCAAGCACAAGGCUGUUCUGCUCUUCAAGCUGCUCCUUUUGGAACGUAAGGUGCUUUUUUACAAGACGCCUGUCAAAGAUCUCUGCUCCACUAUUCUCACUCUCUGUUCUCUGUUUCCUGGCAUGCUGGAGCAAGGUCUGGAGGAAUGUGCCUGCACAGCCGGCCUGCGGCAACUGAGCUCUGAGCUGCAUCCCGAAGAACAUGAUUUCCUUGAAGUCCACUUGAGUCACUCACCUAGUGAGCUGAAGCAGAGCCUGGACACGCUUGCCUCGGAGAAGAACAGGGAAAAAGAUUCCAGCUCAGAAGGUCCAGUGAGAGAAGAGCAAGUGCACUCACCCGAAGACUUGAGUCUGCUGUCCAAGACAAUUCGAAACUCAGAGUCUAAAUGCCUGGCCAAGCGAGCUGAGUCAUUUGAAAAUGCAACAGAUGAUGUUAAGCCAUUGCCUGUCAGCCAAAAAGAUUCCGACGAGAAGAAAGAGAAGACUGAAGCACCACGGCUCUCCUUGGGUUCUGUUGGCAAGGAGUUAAUCAGCAAGAUUCUGCCAGUGAGCCUUGGAGACAUCCCAUACCUGAAUAGGGUCACCGAUGAUGCUGUGUUUGAAGAAGAGGACAAACUUGUCUCUGAAAUAGAUGAGCUCCUAGACUCAGAUCCCAAAGAAAAGACGGAAAUGAGGUCUAAGUUGGAAUUUGUAGAAAGGGAGGACUGUGACACGAUGAAAUCACUUACAACACCUGUUGCCACUAAAGAAACUGCCAGCUUUCUUGGCAAUCGAGGAUUCAAUUGGAGCAAGCUGCCAUCUGCCAUCUACAGUCUCACAUCCAGGGAAUCACCCUCUGGUGUCACAAAGGGUGGUGCGCCUGGAGCAGGCGAUGACAGCGAUUUUGCCAGUGAGUUUGAUGGGUCAACAACACCAUGUGAAGAUGGUUCAGGUUUGGUGACCCUCAACCUCGCUGGUGAAGGAGGUGAACUGGGCAGUGUCUCAGACUUGACCAGCCGGGACCUAGAUGACCUGCUGCUUCUGCAGAGCAUUCCCAAGGUCAUAGCCCUGCCAAAUCAAGACUGUGGCAUGCCACUUUGCAUCUUCUCUAAGGGUUCAUUAUGCUUGCCAUAUGUAUCUCUGCCUACCAUAGACCUACUCAGUGACAUCAGCAUACGAAGCUGUGUUGUGGGAGCAACAAAUGACCUGUUCAAGCAAAAAAAGCACCUUUUUGAUGUCAUUGUUGAGGUAGAUGAAUGUAAAAUUACAAUCUUAGACAGUGACCUUCGGCGACAGCUCUACCUCACCAUGGAAGACCUUCGUUUCGCUGACUACUUAGUCAAGAACGUCCUUGAUGACACACGGGACCUUUUCCUUGACGGCACAUGUUGGCAAGGAGGUGAGGAAUGGCUAAGGUCAGAGUUUAAGGUGUAUCUAGUAAGUCUGCUGAAGACAGCUCAGUUAGAAGAUGCCGCCAGUGGUAAGGGCCAGGAGGCAUUCAAUACUGCCUUCCUCAGUGCCUGGAAGACGACGCACAACUUCAAGAUGUGGAACAGUGUGAAACACCCUUGUCUUGUAGAUAUUCCCUCAGGUCAUUACUACAAGGGCCAGCUGACUGUUGCUGACAUGAAGUUGCGGAUUUCUCACUCCAUCCAAAGUUCGGAAAGGGGCCGCAAACUCAACCAAGCUGUGGUUUCUACAGGGAGGGCCAUGGCACAGACGACAGGCAAGGUUGUUGGUGGUGCUUUGACAUCUGCAAAAUCGGUCGUCUCAUCUCUGUGGUCCCACUUCAGCCCACCGACGCCUUCAUCGUCUACUGAAUCGGUUCCUCCGACAUUGCCCAAAGAAGAAAGUGUUGAAACAGUGUCAAGCCCCAAGGAAUGACUGAUUUGCACCUUGCACUCUUUUCUGCACUGGAGAUAUUUAUUUUAGGACAAUAGCCGAGCUUUAAUCGAAUGCAUGCCAUAGAGUUGUGGCCCUCAUAUCUACACUCGUAGCCAAGCUGCUCCCGCUUUGUUUCCCUUUUAAAAGUUUUUUUGCACCUCUGUUUAUAGGUGCGUACAUGCCUUUACCUCGACAGAGGUUAGGCGAUGAAAAAAAAGAAAGCUGUGGCAGCAUGGAAAACAUUCAUGUGUCCUAUAUUCUCGUGCUCUGCAUAUGUGAAGUGUGUGCCACAAGGUCUGAGUGUUUACAUUUUGUCAACACAAUGUUGUCUCUGUGUUGAUAGGCUGUCCUACUAACAUGCAAAAUGAUGCUCUUUGUGUUCCCUUCUUAACUGUUUUUUUUUUCUUUUCAUGUAUAUAUUUUUGCAAAGUUUGAGAGGUUGAACUCCAGCAGCUCCUACAGUCUAAAGCAGGCUGUCACUUGCUUUAGGCUUGUGUUUACAUCAAUGUGUUGUGCAUUGCUGGCACUCUUCAGCUUGUGUUGCAUAUUUUAAUGAUGCUGCAACUGACUUUUGGUACAGUAUCAUGAAGAAUUAUACAUAGCCCCAUCCAUGAGUCUUGCUAAAGUCUGCCGGAAAAAAAAGAAAAAAAAUGUCUGUGUAGCAAAUUUUGUUUUUCUGUAAUGUCUCAUUUGGUGAUUACUGUAAAGGCUUUCUAUUCGCAAACUCCACGUUUAGCAUAUUUAGUCUGAUCCGAAGAUUCGCAAAUAUUUGCGACGCAAAAUUUUUCAGAAAGGAAAUGGGCCGGGGCCCAUAUUUUGUCACAGUUAAUUUCUUUUUCUUUCCUGAUUAUGUGUCGUGAUAAUUAGUCAAUAAUGGCCGUAAUGGUGACAUGGCAGCACCCAAGCCAGUGAUGAAGAAUGUAAAAAAUGGGAAAUGAAUGUAAUGGCUACAAAAUACGGUCUUGGAUGUGUAUUGUGGUGAGAAUAUUAAUUGUUUGUGUGAAUAACUUUUUCAUAAGCUCUAGGAAAUUCACUAAAGUCAUGCAAAUUAGGUUCCUAACAAAAAUUAAGUCAUUUAUUGUACAUGGCAGAGUUAUAAAACUGCUUGGCUCUUUUUAUGUGAAACCAGAGAGAAACACUUUGUGCUAACUCACUGAGGUGCACGUGAGUAACCCUACCUAAUGCUUUUGUUUAUGUUAAGGCUUUUCUUUUUUAAUGAGUAUGGUGACAAUUUAAGACAAGUUAAAGAACUAACACUCACUUGAUGUGACAUGUGUACAUAAUUUUACUAAUUUUAAUUCCUUUGUACCUCACAAGUAUUUUAGGAAUAAUCAAUUUGCAGAAUGAAUCACAAGUAAUGCAAUCACUAAUGUGAGACUCAACAAGGAGAGCUAAUGAUGUAGAGGAUGUGACUGUUUGUUUUUAUUUGUUGUUUUCAUAGUUAAGUACUUGUGAAAAUUCUGGAAGCCACAUGACAAAUGACAAGAUUCAGGAAAAGAAGGAGUAGCGUGCCUUUAGAAAGUUGUGAAGCUUUAGAGCAACGAAAGUUCUGCAGAGGCUCCAAUACACAGUUCGCCAGCAAGUCUAAUCAUUCUAUAAGUGGCUUUGAGAAAUUUGGCAAGAACUCCACAUUUACGUUGACAGUAUGUUGAACAAAAAGCUUUAGCUUGAUGCCAACUUUAAUUUUCUUAUUCAUAUGCAUGUGAAACAGGAAUUGUGAAACGAAAUAUUCAAACUUUCUUGACUGGUAGUCUCAGAAUCUUUAUUUAGGUGCUCAGUUAUCUCAUGAAAGUGGGCUGACAAACAAAAAAAUAAAACAAAUAAAAACAUUAGGUUCCUAACUCUAAUACCCAGCAACGAAAAGAGAUGUAGCAUUUUUGUAAACGAUCAAAAUGUCUGAAAUAGGCAAAUUGGAUGUAUUACAAAUGUUUUUUACUGCACCGGUAUUUUGUGGUUGUAACAUUUAUAAAGUUAAUUAAAUUUAAAUAAUAAAUUACAUAUAAAUUGUAGUGUAAGGACAUGACUUAAUCCCCUUUGGCUCUAUCAGUAGCGCAUUAUUCUAUAUCUGUUUUUGUUGCUCAAGUAUGUUAUGUUUUUAACUAGCUUUCUCAUGUUCUUCAACAGCAGUGUGUUAGCUUUAUUAAAUAUAAAGAGACCUAAAUAAAAAUUCGGCAGGCAUCAUUCACUAGUAUUUGUCUCUUAUUUCUCUUUCUUUCAGUUUAAUUCAACAAUUUCUAUUCAUAUCAUUGAACUAUUGCUUAGCCAGUGAAAUAAUUUUUGCAAUUUGCAUGUAUUCUAACGGUGAAGGCUCAAGCUGAAGCUUUUGCAUAAGUGAAAGACUCGUUCCCCAAAUGUCUGCUGUGCAUUCCUCGGGCAACCUUUUAGCUCUCUGUAUAACGAGGUUGCCCAACAUAAAGGUCUCAAGCAGACAGUCAAGUUAUAAAAUGUGAUAAGUUUUGUCUAGUCCGAAGUGCACCAUGUGAUACAUAUGUUUGACAGAUGUAAGCACACCAGUUUGGCUAAGGUGCACCGCUUUACUUUUAUAGCUCGGUGCUUUUUGUUUUUGCUGUGUGAGUUUCCGUUCUGAACAUACUGAACUAUAUGGUGUUAGUCAGUUCUACCAGCAUUAAAUCACAACUGUUUGGUAAUAUGGCAAUUUCUCAUUACUCAGACCAUGGCCGCUGUUUCUCUUCAGUUGUUCAAGUUUUUUCUUUUUCGAACGCAGAUCAUAAUAAAGGCUAUGUUGUUGCAAGAUCAA